AUGGCCUGCAGAGAUUAGCUUUAGCUGUGGUUAACUUCUCUUCGUGCUCCCAUGCCACGACUGCCAUGAAAUGCUCAAUAUGGACUUAAACAUCAAACUGUACAUCGGUAAUAUAAGAAAAGAAUGUUAAGUGAAAUGUUGGACUACACAGUUUUCAUUUUGGCAAAGGGUUUGUACGCUUUGUACACAGAAAGAAGUGGUUGAACGUUCAUCAUGUAACGCUACAGAUGGAGAUCCCUUGGGAAGAUGUUUCCUCGCUCUGGAAAAUCCAUUGUCUUUGACAGCUUUCCCGAUCCAUCAGACACCUGGGAGAUCAUCGAGACAAUUGGUAAAGGGACCUAUGGGAAAGUUUAUAAAGUGCUUAACAAGGUCAAUGGCAGCAAGGCAGCUGUCAAAAUACUGGAUCCAAUCCAUGAUAUUGAUGAAGAGAUCGAAGCCGAGUACAACAUCCUCAAAGCUCUUUCGGAUCAUCCCAAUGUUGUCAAGUUCUUUGGAAUGUUCUUCAAGAAGGACAUCAAGACUGGUGACCAGCUAUGGCUUGUACUUGAGUUGUGCAAUGGAGGGUCUGUAACAGAUCUGGCUAAAGGUAUGCUGAAGAGAGGAGAUCGCAUGGAGGAACCCAUUAUAGCAUACAUCCUACAUGAGGCUCUCAUGGGUCUCCAGCAUUUACACAUCAAUAAAACCAUUCAUCGAGACGUCAAAGGCAACAAUAUCCUACUCACCACAGGAGGAGGCAUCAAGCUGGUCGACUUUGGGGUGUCAGCUCAGCUGACGAACACCCGUCUUAGGAGGAACACUUCAGUCGGGACACCAUUCUGGAUGGCCCCUGAGGUUAUUGCUUGUGAACAGCAGCUGGACUCCACAUAUGAUGAGCGCUGUGAUAUCUGGUCUCUGGGUAUCACAGCUAUAGAGCUGGGUGAUGGAGACCCGCCCCUCGCAGACCUUCAUCCAAUGAGAGCUCUCUUCAAAAUUCCAAGAAAUCCUCCACCAACCCUACACCAACCAGAGAUCUGGACUCCUGAAUUUAAUGAUUUCAUAUGCAAGUGUCUGAUAAAGGAUUUUGAGCUUAGACCUAAUGUGUUUGGCCUUCUUCAGCAUGUCUUCAUCAGACAGAUUGUGGGGCGAGAGAAGACGCUGCAGAAGCAGCUGAUGGAACUGAUCGACCUUAACCAGCAGAUGGGCGUUAUCGAGAAAACAAGCCAUCAUGGAAAGACUGAAAGGCGAGACAGUAAUUCCAGGCAUGAACGUAUUUAUACCAGAAAAGGCAGCUACAUGACGUCUCAAAAUCAAGAGUGUGAUGACGUGGAUGAUCUCGCAAGCCUAGAGAAUCUAGAUGAAAACACAGUCACUGAUCAACUACAGAAACGUUAUGCAAAGGACCAGAUCUACACAUAUGUUGGAGACAUCCUUAUUGGAGUUAAUCCCUUCCACAAAACAGAGUUGUACACCCCUGAGCAUUCAAAUAUUUAUGUUGGCGCCAAAAGAACAGCAAACCCUCCACAUAUAUAUGCAGUCGCAGACAUCGCUUAUCAGUCCAUGGUGUCUUAUAAUGCUGAUCAGUGUAUUGUCAUCAGUGGAGAAAGUGGGUCUGGCAAAACAGAGAGUGCCCACCUGUUAGUCCAACAGCUGACCAUUCUUGGAAAGGCUAACAAUCAGAGUCUUCAGGAGAAGAUCUUAUUGGUCAACAGUCUGGUCGAGGCUUUUGGUAAUGCCUGCACAGUGUUCAAUGAUAACUCCAGUCGUUUUGGGAAGUAUCUGGAGAUGAAGUACACCUGUGGUGGCACAGUGGUGGGAGCUCAGAUUUCUGAAUACCUGCUAGAGAAGACUAGAGUCACACAGCAAGCUGGAGGUGAACGUAACUUCCAUAUCUUCUACUAUCUCUAUGCUGGUCUGGCAGACAGAAAGAAACUUGCUCACUACAAGCUAUCAGAGAACCAAACUCCAAAGUACCUGCACGACGAGAAUGUGAAAUUAGUACCUGACGUUGUGGGGAAUGACUUUUAUAAGGAGCAGUUUGAGACGGUGGAACAGUGUUUCAAAGUCAUCGGCUUUACUCUAGAGGAGCUUGGGAGCGUUUACAGCAUCUUAGCAGGGAUCCUAAAUGCGGGUGAUGUUGAGUUCACAUCAGUCGCAUCUGAGCAUCAGACGGACAAGAGCAACAUUUCCAACAUGUCAGUACUAGAGAGUGCUGCAUCGCUGCUGUGUAUUCGUGCAGAUGAGCUACAGGAAGCUCUGACGUCUCACUGUGUGGUCAUGAGGGGUGAAACCAUCGUCAGGUCAAACACAGUGGAGAAGGCCACUGAGGUGCGAGACGCCAUGGGCAAAGCCCUGUACGGACGUCUGUUUAGCUGGAUUGUCAACCGCAUGAACUCUCUGCUAAAACCAGAUGACCAAUCAGGAGAUGAAGACAAAGGUCUCAACAUUGGUAUCCUGGAUAUCUUUGGCUUUGAGAACUUUAAAAGAAACUCUUUCGAGCAGCUCUGCAUCAACAUAGCCAAUGAACAGAUUCAGUUCUACUUCAACCAGCACAUCUUUGCCUGGGAGCAGGAUGAGUAUCUAAAUGAAGACGUGGAUGCUCGAGUGAUUGAGUAUGAAGACAACCGGCCUCUGCUGGACCUCUUCCUUCAGAAGCCCAUGGGCAUGUUAUCUCUACUGGAUGAGGAGAGCCGCUUCCCUCAAGCAACCGAUCAGACGCUUGUUGAGAAAUUUGAGGACAACUUAAAGUCUAAAAACUUCUGGAGACCAAAAAGAGUUGAUCUGGGCUUUGGAAUCCAUCACUAUGCAGGCAAGGUUAUCUACAAUGCCAGCGGGUUUCUGGCUAAGAAUAGAGAUGCUCUGCCAGCUGAUAUUGUUCUUUUGCUGAGAUCCUCGGAGAAUGAAUUGAUCCGUAAAUUGGUUACCCACCCGCUCACCAAAACAGGUAACCUGGCUCACACUAAAGGCAAGACUGCUGGAUCUGCUCGUAUGGGCACAAACUCAUCACAACGCACAACUAACUCUGCCAAGCUGGAGGUUCUCAUGUUGAUCCGUACUGCUGUAUCAGUCAGUGAGGUGGAGAGUACAGACACCACACAUCACCCCAGAGAAUCCACCAACAUGAAAACACAAACUGUAGCUUCGUAUUUCAGAUACUCACUAAUGGACCUGUUGUCGAAGAUGGUGGCUGGCCAACCCCAUUUUGUGCGUUGCAUAAAACCCAAUAAUGAUCGGCAAGCCAAUAAGUUUGACAGGGAGAAGGUUCUGAUCCAGCUACGAUACACUGGUAUACUAGAGAUCGCCAAGAUCCGCAGACAGGGCUACUCUCAUCGGAUUCCCUUCAACAACUUCAUUGAAAGGUAUACCAUUUUAGCUUUUAAACCCAACGAAGAGCCAGUAGUUGGUCCAGAGACCUGUGUUGCCAUUCUGGAGAAGGCUGAACUAGAGAACUGGGUUCUGGGCAAAACAAAGGUAUUUCUUAAAUACUAUCAUGUGGAGCAGCUGAAUCUGAUGGUAAGACAAACCAUGGACCGAAUCAUUCUGGUUCAGGCGCAUGUGCGAGGCUGGCUUGCAUUCAAACGAUACUGUAAGAUCCAGGAGAAGAGGGUACAAAGUGUUGUGUUAUUGCAGUCAGUGUGCAGAGGAUAUCUGGCAAGGAAGAAAUACAAGGAGUUACGAGAUGAGAAGAACAAUGCUGCUGUGAAGAUCCAGGCCCAUUACAGAGGACACAAAGAAAGGAAGAGCUUUCAAAGGAAGAAGGAAGCCAUGCAGAUGGAGAGGGAAGCAAAUUCUGAGGAAGCAGCGGAGGUCUCACCGGAGCCAGAGACUGGACCAGAUUCAGAGGAAUUAUCACAGAAUGAAGGGGAAGUAGAAACCGAAACAGACAAUGCUGAUGAAAAGGCUGCUGUGGUCAUCCAGAGCAACUAUCGAGGCUACAGAGAGAGGAAGAAAUACAAAGAACAUCAAGAACAAAAUAAGACCUUGACUGGGGAGGAGCUGGAUGCUUCCUCGUCCACUCCUGCAGAGGAAGUCAAUUCUGGAGAAGACCAGAAUACUACACAAGAUGAGGAGCAGGAGAAGGACGCUGAGAAAGAAACUGCUGAAGAGGAUGGGAACACUGAACAGGAAAACAAGGCAGCCACUGUUAUCCAGAGCAACUUCAGAGGUCAUAAAGAACGUAAAAGACUCCAGGAGGAAGGAAAGAUGCCUGAUAGAGGAAGAAAGGAGAUCCAGGAUGUUGCGGAUGAUGAGGACCUGCCCAUACCAGAUCCACCAACACCAGAGGAACUGAGACAACUCAAUGAGGCGGCAGCACAGCAAGUCGAGGAAACCUCAAAAGAAGAGGAAGAGAAUAAAGCCGCUGUGGUCAUUCAGAGCAACUUCCGUGGCCACCAGGAACGCAAACGACUACAGGAGGAAGGAAAAAUUCCCAAUAAAAAGGCAAAGGACGAUUCAGGAGUAGAUAUUCCCAUUGAGGAGCUUCCACCUCCUUUAGAUCUAGAUUCAGAUGAGGCUCUUGCUAGUCCAUCAGGUGCAGAUGAGGAACAUGCAGCAACUGUUAUACAAAGCAACUUUAGAGGCCAUCAAGAAAGAAAACGACUUAAAGUAGAGAGAGAGGCAGCCAGUGGAAAAGAGCAGAAUGUGUCAGAAGAGGAUGAACAGAAAAAUGGGGAGAUGGUAGAAGAAGACGCUCAGGCUGAGGAAGGUCUGUAUGAUGAGGAGCAAGCAGGAAAACAGGAAGGAGAAGUAGUGGGAUUCUUUCUUCAGGUAAACAAGGCUUCGGAAGAAUACCUUAGUUUGCAGCAGAAGUUAAACGAAAUUAUCCUCGCCCAUCAGCUCGAUCCCAGCAAAAACGGGAUGUUUGUGAAGGGAGAAGGCAUUAACGCUUUUAUGGGUUCCUACACAGGAGCGGACACAAAGCAGGCGCGAACGUCUCGCAGAACCCAGCAACCCAAGACCCUGAACACACCAGAAGACUCCACGUACUACACACUCAUUCAUAGGUCUGUUAAAGAUGAUAAGAGGAGAUCAAGAAAACAGAGCCCUAAAAGGCUGGACGAUGAUGAUCAGUACUACCAGGAUUUGUCCAGCAGCAAAGCCACAAGCUCCUUGCCGAGUGACAGACGCCGGUCAAGCAGACAGAGGCCUUCCAGAGAAAGGAGUUCUUCUGAGAGAUCACUGUCUGAUACCCCUAAGUCUGAUAUUGCUAAAGAGAAGAGACACUCGCUUUCUCGAAUGCCCUCUACAGAGAGUCAAAGUGAAGACAACCCCUAUGACUAUAGGAAAAUACUGAGGAAGACCUCACAGCGACAGAAACUCAUAACCCAGCCCUAAUCCUCUGGCCAGAGACCUGACAUUUCCCAAAGAGUUUGAAUCAAUGUAUUCUGUAAAUACUUUGCUGUUGACUCAUGUGGUCAGUUAAACAUGUCCUUUGUACUGAAUGCACCUGAUAUUAUAUGAUGACUUGAAUGAUAACUUUGUCUUUACAGAUAUUUUUUGUCAUAUCUUAGAACUGACCUUUAUAUACAGAAUAAGUUUUUAUUUAUAUCUCCCUUAACCUACUAGUUUCAAUGAAUGCUUUGAUGAACUAUAAGUUAGACAUCUUUCUUUAUAUUUGUCUAUUAAAACCAAAUAUGACUGACUUUCAGCUAAUACUGUCAGCUGACAAAAUGUAAUAAAACCUCAUAUUCUUGUAAUGAAACCAGCAAUAGCAGCAUGCUAUUGCACCUUUUCCUUCAUAUUGUGGUUAUUACAGAUGAUGGUAUAUGUAAAUGGUACUUUUAGAUUUUGGAUAUAUGUAUCCUUUAUGUUUCCGUUGUUACUAUAAUGUAAAUAUGAUAAUUAUGUACUUCGACAUUUUGCAAAUAAUUACUACAUUUCAGAUAAUAUUGUAAAUAAUGUUGGCUGUUAUAAUCUGAGUGCACUAAAGUUAACCCACAUUAUGAAAUAUUAUAAUAUUUGCUGAUAUAAUGUUUAUGUAAUAUUUAAAUUUCUUUUAUCUUUUAUCUAUCCAAUUAAUUCUGUCUUUUAAUCAUUUUGGUCCAUAUAGACAUGGUAUUUUAGUUUGGGUUUUAAUGUUUAAUUGACAUGAAACGUAACAAGAAUGACAAUAUGGCUUAAAAUAUUGACUCCAUAAUUUUUGCAAAGUGUGUAGCCAAUUUUCUAUUCAUAAAAUAAAUAUGUA